CAGAUUAUAUUGUUCGAUUCCAAAAGGAAGAUGUUAUAAAAAUAAUGCAAAAUGAAUCGUUAAACGAACAUUACAAUUUAUUAAUCAAUUUUGUAAAAUUAUUUGAAAAUUUACCAAACUUUGGAAAUAAAAUUUUAACAAAUCCGCUUGAUACAUUACAAAUUUGCGAUGAUGGUAUAAAACAAGUUCAAAGCAAAAUAAUAUCUGAAAAUUUAGAAAAUAAUCCACAAUUAUCAAUUAAAAACAAUGUUCACACUCGAAUUUUUGGUUUACCAGCAUGUCCUGAAUUACAUCGUACAAUAUUCCCAAAAAAUUGUGAUUUAGGAAAAUUUCUUAAAAUUUGUGGCACUGUAGUGCGAACUACAGCCGUAAAAAUGUUGGAAUAUCAACGACAACUUUUAUGUACCAAAUGCAAACACGAAUUUACAGUUGUUGCUACUUAUGAAAAAAAAUUCAUUUUUGAUAUACCGAGAUUUUGUCCUAGUCCUGAGGGAUGUAAUGGAAUGAAUUUUAAAAAAAUACAAAGUAAAUUACAACAUUCAGAUUGUAAAGAUUAUCAAGAGCUUAAAAUACAAGAGCAAAUUAACGAUUUAAAUAUUGGAACUAUUCCAUCAUCCAUGUGGGUCACAUUAGAAGAUGAAUUGGUUGAUUCGUGUAAACCAGGUGAUCAUGUGGGAAUUACUGGAAUUGUAUUAAAACGUUCAAAUAACGUAGCGAUUGGUAAACGUCCUGAUAUAGAACUUGUGUUACGCGCAAAUUAUGUUCAAAUAUUCAACGAACAAAAAUCAACCACAAAUGUUACUGAUGCAACUAUCAAUGAAAUAAAUACGUUUUGGGAGAAAAAUGAUCCAUUUACGGCACGCCACAUUAUACUAAAAUCCAUAUGCCCUUCGAUAUUUGGUAUGACAAUGGUUAAACUUGCUGUAGCUUUAAUUUUGGCUGGUGGUUCAAAAUUUUCUGAAAGUCAUACUCGAACAGAACCACAUUUGUUAAUGGUUGGUGAUCCCGGUACAGGAAAAUCACAACUGUUGAGGUGGAUAGGGCAUGUAAUACCGCGAUGUGUGUUAACCACUGGAAUUGGUUCUACUGCAGCUGGUUUAACAGUAACUGCCGUAAUGGAAGAUGGUCAUUGGCAAUUAGAAGCCGGUGCAUUGGUAUUAGCUGAUGGAGGAGUUUGUUGUAUCGAUGAAUUUAAUUCAAUGAGAGAACAUGAUCGUGCUAGUAUUCAUGAAGCAAUGGAACAACAAACUAUUAGUGUUGCAAAAGCUAGUAUGGUGUGCAAGUUGAGUACAAAGUGUUCCAUUCUAGCUGCCGCCAAUUUCAAAGGAGAUUUUGAUGCAAAUCAACCCUUAGAGAAUUGUGUUGCAAUAGCAUCUCCAUUACUUAGCCGUUUUGAUCUAGUUUUAGUAUUACGUGAUACUGUUAAUGAAGAAUGGGAUUUAGUUGUUUCAGAUCAUAUAUUAAAUACUCCAAAAUUAGUUAAGGACACUACAAAUUAUUGGCCAAUCGACACAUUAAAGGCUUACUUUAUGAUAAUAAAAAAUUUAAAUCCCGUAUUAAAUCAAGAUGCUAACGAUAUAUUACGAAUUUACUAUCAACAUCAACGACAGAAGCCAUCCCGUAGCGCUGCUCGGACAACAGUUCGUCUACUCGAUAGUUUAAUUCGAUUAUCACAAGCACAUGCUCGAUUUAUGUACCGAGAAGAAGUGACUGUUUUAGAUGCAUUAAUGGCUGUUUAUUUAACUGAAAUAAAUACUGAUUCAAAUUUAUUACGUGCGGAAUGCUCAAAUCCAAAACAACAAUAUUUAGAAAUUGUUAGAAAUAUUUUAGGGAAAUUAGAAUUAUAUGAUAUACUAAAACGUGAAGAAGAAUUGUUAUCUAAUAAUUAAGUUUUUAUGUGAUUGUCUAGAAAUAAGCCACUAUGUUAAGAUU